AUGGCCUACCUCCCUCAUCCUAACUGGCUGAAGGUUUGGACCAGAUGUGGAAAGAUGUUCACUUCAGAAAAAGGAGUUGUGGAGGAAUGGUUGUCAGAGUUUAAGACACUACCAGAAACAUCUUUACCAAAUUAUGCCAUAAAUUUGAAAGACAAGAGUACUUUAGUUUCAUCUCUCUAUAAAGUUAUCCAGCAGCCACAAAGUGAGUUGCUAGAACCUGUCUGUCAUCAGCUCUUUGAAUUCUAUCGCAGUGGAGAGGAGCGGCUGCUUCAGUUUACACUGCAGUUUCUCCCAGAACUAAUUUGGUGCUACCUUGCAGUCUCAGCUAGCAGAAAUGUGCACAGCAGUGGAUGCAUUGAAGCUCUUCUUCUAGGGGUUUACAAUUUGGAAAUAGUUGACAAAGAGGGACAUAGCAAAAUACUGAGUUUUACAAUUCCAUCCUUAUCCAAACCAUCUGUAUAUCAUGAACCUUCCAGCAUUGGUUCCAUGGCUCUGACUGAGAGUGCACUAUCCCAACAUGGUUUGUCAAGAGUUGUGUACAGUGGACCUCAUCCUCAAAGGGAGAUGCUAACAGCCCAGAAUAGGUUUGAAGUGUUGACAUUCCUUUUGUUGUGUUACAAUGCUGCUUUAACUUACAUGCCCAGUGUUUCUCUUCAAUCACUGUGUCAAAUUUGUUCAAGAAUCUGUGUUUGUGGAUAUCCUCGACAACAUGUAAGAAAAUACAAAGGUAUAAGUAGCAGGAUACCAAUUUCUUCAGAAUUCAUGGUGCAGAUGUUAACAGGGAUUUAUUUUGCCUUUUAUAAUGGAGAAUGGGAUCUGGCUCAAAAAGCAUUGGAUGAUAUUAUAUACAGAGCCCAGUUGGAAUUAUACCCAGAGCCACUGCUGGUUGCUAAUGCAAUCAAGGCUUCAUUGCCUCAUGGUGCCAUGAAAUCUAGUAAGGAGGGCACAAGGUGUAUUCAAGUUGAAAUUACACCAACUUCCUCUCGAAUAUCAAGAAAUGCAGUAACCAGCAUGUCUAUAAGAGGCCAUAGGUGGAAAAGACACGGAAAUACAGAUUUAACAGGUCAAGAAGAACUGAUGGACAUAUCUGAAGUUGACGAGGGAUUUUAUUCCAGGGCUGCGUCUAGUACCAGCCAGUCGGGUUUAUCAAACAGUAGUCAUAAUUCUAGUAACAAGACAAAUGUAGGAAAGAACCAGAGACGGUCAGGAGGAAGCAAAACUGGAGGAAAAGAAAAAGAAACCACAGGGGAAUCUUGCAAAGAUCACUUUGCUCGAAAACAAACUCAGAGAGCUCAAAGUGAGAAUCUUGAGCUGCUCUCUUUGAAGAGACUGACUUUAACAACCAGCCAAUCCCUGCCUAAGCCUAGUAGCCAUGGUUUGGCAAAGACCGCUGCUACUGUGUUUAGUAAAUCCUUUGAACAGGUCAGUGGUGUCCCAGGCCCACAUAACCCAUCACCUGCUGUUGGCUGUGGGACUGGGACAGACGCCAAUAGGUUUUCUGCCUGUAGUCUCCAAGAGGAAAAGCUUAUUUACAUUUCUGAAAGAACUGAACUGCCAACGAAGCAUCAGUCAGGUCAGCAGAGACCUCCUAGUAUCAGCAUUACUCUGUCAACAGAUUAA